AUGCACGAACCCGCAGGGGUGCAAACGAAGCAGUUGCGGGGCCAUACAGGGAUUGUGUGGUCCGUUGCAUUUUCACCUGAUGGUUCGCGUAUCGCUUCGGGCUCGGGAGACGGUACAAUCCGCGUCUGGGAAGUGGACACUGGGGAGCCUGUAAACCGGCCAUUUCGGGGACAUGCAAAUGACGUUAACUCUAUAGCGUUCUCCGUUGACGGGACGCAUCUCUGCUCAGGCUCGAAGGAUGGGACGGUCAGACUCUGGAACGUGGCGACAGGCAUGCAAGUCGGGAUGACUCUGCGGGAGGACACGGGCGUUCUGUCUCUCGCAUUCCCCGGUGUCCUGUCCGUUACAUUCGCUCCCGAUAGCUGGUGCGUCGCUCUCGGAACGGGCGAGGGCACAAUCCGUCUUCGGAAUAUGCAAACCGGCACGGCCGUAGGGACGCCUCUGCGAGCGCACGCCGGCGCCGUCUACUCCCUCGCAUUCUCACCCGACGGCGAGCGGAUCGUUUCCGGAUCGCGCGAUGGUACCGCCCGGAUUUGGGAUGCACAGACAGGUCAGCCCGUGGGUGACCCAUGCGAAGGUCACGGAUCGGCGGUCAGGGCUGUCGCGUACUCGCCGGACGGGAAGCGUAUCGUCUCGGGAGCGUACGACGAUACCCUUCGGGUGUGGGAUGCUGAUACGGGGUGGUUGCUGCUGGGCCCGUUGCAGGGGCACACGGCGGACGUCAAUGGCGUCGCGUUCUCGCCGGACGGCAGGCGCAUCGUGUCCUGCUCGGACGACGGGACUAUCCGGAUAUGGGACGCGGAGACGGGGCAACCUGUGCAGAGCCCUUUGCGGGGACACCUGAAGAAUGUUUCGUGCGUCGCGAUUUCGCCGGAUGGGUGUCACAUCGUCUCGGGCGGGUACGAUAACCUAGUUAUCCUCUGGAAUAUACAGCUUGAUUGA